AUGAUCCUACGAUACACCUGGGUUGCAGACACAUCCCCCGUGACUCCUCACCAGACCUUCCACGAGCUUAACCCAGCGCGCACCGCAGCUACAGCCCAGCAGCAGCACCAGCGAGGAGCCCCGAGGCAGCUCCACUCACACCGACCGUGCCCGACGCCCGCAGGGAGAAGCCGCGGGUCCGCUCCGCUCACACCGACCCUGCCCGGCGCCGCCGCUCCCUCAAGACGCUGCCCGCACGCCGCCACCGCACGGCCCCUUCCGGCGGCGCUACGGCGGCCGCGGCGGGACACGGCUCCCCGGGCGCAGGCGCGGAGGGGCGCGGAGGCCGGGCCGAUGAGGGGCCUGGCGCGGCCGGCGCUGAAGGCGCGAUGGUGCCGCUCGCUCUGGGCGCUGCCGGCAAGGGCCGCCGCCAACGCCGCUUCUUCGCCUCCUCCUCCUCCUCCUCCUCCUCCUGUGGGAGCCUCGCCGGGCGCGCUGAACCCGUUCGACCGGCGGCUGAAGCGGAAGCAGAAGAACUGGGCGGCGCUGCAGGCCGAGCCCGCCAAGUGCGAUUACCUACGGGAGGAGGUCGGCGGCAGGAUCGCGGACCGGGUGUUUGACAUCACCAGAACGUUUCCUCUGGCUUUGGAUGUUGGCUCUGGAAGAGGUUACAUAGCUCAGCACUUAACCAAGGAAACAGUUGAAAAACUUAUUCAAGUUGAUAUCGCAGAGAAUGCUUUAAAAAAUGCUAUAGAAUCUGAAAUCCCAACGGUCAGGGUUGUAGCUGAUGAGGAAUUCCUUCCUUUCAAAGAAGAUACAUUUGAUCUUGUUGUCAGCAGCUUAAGUUUGCAUUGGGUGAAUGACCUUCCUAAAGCUUUCAAAGAGAUCCACCAGGUGCUGAAGCCCGAUGGAGUGUUCAUUGGAGCCAUGUUUGGGGGGGACACCCUGUACGAGCUGCGCUGCUCCCUGCAGCUGGCUGAGCUGGAGAGGGAAGGGGGCUUCUCUCCUCACGUGUCACCCUUCACUGCUGUCGCUGAUCUGGGACAUCUCCUCUCCAGGGCUGGCUUUAACACCCUCACUGUGGAUACUGAUGAAAUCCAAGUGAACUACCCAGGGUUAUUUGAGGUUAUGGAAGACUUACAAGGUAUGGGGGAGAGUAAUUGCUCUUGGAAUAGAAAACCUCUGCUGCACAGGGAGACAAUGCUGGCAGCUGCUGCAAUAUACCAAGAAAUGUAUGGAAACAGCAAUGGCUCUGUACCUGCCACCUUUCAGAUCUACUACAUGAUUGGCUGGAAAUAUCACGAGUCACAGGCAAAACCAGCCCAGCGAGGUUCUGCAACAGUUUCGUUUGGAGAUCUGGCAAAAGUAGAAGGACUUCUUAAAAGAGGAAAAAAAUAGUUGUUCUUCAGAAAUAAUAAUUGCCUUGAAACUUCUAUAAAAGUUUUAAUUGCAGACAGUCUUCACUUGUGCUUAUCUAGUGAUGACCUCCUGAAAUGAUAAUAAAGUAUGCACAAUAGA